UUUACAAGAACAAAAGAUGCUAAAUUUUAGUAUCUUUUACAAAGAAGGGUGACCCUUUUUAAUUCUUGAGUUUUCCUCCCUCAAAUGCAGGUUAAUUAAAUCAAGAGCUGAUAUGAACACGUUUUCACAUGUUCCUCCCGGAUUUCGUUUCCAUCCCACUGAUGAAGAGCUUGUUCAUCACUACCUUAAGAAAAAAGUAGCUUCUAAAAGGAUUGACCCAGAAGUGAUAAAAGACAUUGAUCUCUAUAAAAUCGAGCCAUGGGAUCUUCAAGAAUUAUGCAAAACUGGAAAUGAUGAACAAGAUGAAUGGUACUUCUUUAAUCAUAAGGACAAGAAGUAUCCAACAGGAAUUCGUAUCAAUAGAGCUACAAAAGUAGGAUUCUGGAAAGCUACAGGGAGAGACAAGGCAAUUUACUGUAAGCAUUGUCUUACUGGAAUGAGAAAGACUCUUGUGUUUUACAAAGGAAGAGCACCCAAUGGACAAAAAUCUGACUGGAUCAUGCAUGAGUAUCGGCUACAAACUAUUGAAAAUGGAACUCCUCAGGAAGAAGGGUGGGUUGUAUGUAGAGUGUUCAAAAAACGAAUGACAACAGUGAGGAAAAUGGGUGAUUACGUGUCGCCAUGUUGGUAUGAUGACCAAGUCUCGUUCAUGCAAGAACUGGAAUCUCCAAUUCCAAUUUCUAACCCUAAUGCACCAAAUCGUCACCCCUACCCCAGCAAGGAGUUGGAAUUGCAAUUCAAUAUUCCCCAUGACGCUUUCCUCCAACUUCCACAACUUCAAAGUCCCGUGAUUCUUCAAUCUACGGCUAGUUUGAGUUUUAGCCCAGUUGUCUCUUACGGCUAUGGUAGCAAGAACAAUGGAAACGCUUUGCAGUCAUCAUCUCUCACUCAAGAACAUCGACAGUUUCAUUAUGCUAGUAAUGAUCAAUCUAUGGAUUGGCGAGUACUUGACCAGUUUGUGGGUAAUGAGCUGAGUCACGAUGAACAUUUUUCCAAUGUGGUUCACCAGAUGAAGUUGCCGGCAGACGGAUCUACAAAACCAGAAACCGGUCAGGAAAGUGCUUCAACUUCCAUCUCCGGUUCCCAGAUUGACCUCUGGAAAUGAAAAUUUACAGCUAGAAGAGGCACACCACUUAUACAGUUUAAUUAGCACUCUAGAUAAUGACAAAACAAAAAUUCUGUACAUAACAAACCCUAAAAUAUUCUUAGCAGUUGAAAUAUGCAUGGUGAUAACAGUGUGUCAACUAAUAAUCCGGACUUGUAUGAUGCAAGAAAAACCUAGAGCAUAUGUUGGAGUUUAACAGUGCAAGAUUUGAUGUAAUGAGGUCAGUGAAUGUUAGAGAUUUAAUCAUUAAUUGAAUUUGCAUGUAAUACAAAUAUAUUAAGGUUAUGUAUACUGACAGGAACAUGAUGAUUGUAUUUUAAACCCAUUCGUUGAUUCUGUCUAUAGCAGCUAGGAAGGGUAAUAUGAAUUUGAAAUUGCUUAAGAAUCUAAGCAUAUUGAACAACAGAAUAUUUGUACAAUUUUUCUCUCCACUAUUUAUUAGUCAUGAUUUUGUAUUUUUACUGUACAUUGAAUAUGUAAUGUAACAUCUUCCUCUUUCUCUUCCAUGCAAGUGUAUAAAGGGAGGUUGAAAAUCUAAAUUUAAGAGGCCAUUUGCU